GAAGACUGCAGCCUUUUUUCCUCCUUGCAGCCAUAACAUUGGGAGCGGCAGCAACAGCAAGAACAGCAGCACAAAGAAGUGGAGAAAUGGCUGGCUAGAUUUACCAGCUGUCUGAGAAAAAAAAACCCCACAGAUUUGACAAAGACUAGAAACCGACCGUGGGUGGUGGUCAUAGCAGAAAUACUGUCUGGGCCCCAGCCCAACCCCCUGUAGCAGCCGGGGAUGCAACAGGGGGCACAGCAGCAUCCAUGGCCUUCAUGUCUCGGUUCUCCAGGAAUACAUCCAGACCUCCUGUCUGGAGGACGCAUGAUGACACUGUCAGCCACCCCAUUCUCAGUGUUUUUGAGCUUGAGAGACUCCUGUACACGGGGAAGACAGCCUGUAACCAUGCGGAUGAGGUCUGGCCAGGACUUUACCUAGGAGAUCAAGAUAUAGCAGCCAACCGACGUGAGCUGGCCCGACUGAACAUCACUCACAUCCUCAAUGCUUCUCACAGCAAGUGGCGGGGAGGUGCGGAUUACUAUGAAGGCACUGGAAUCUGCUACCUGGGCAUUGAGGCACAUGACUCACCCACCUUUGAUAUGAGCCCCUACUUUCAGCCUGCUGCAGAUUUCAUCCACAAAGCCCUGAGCAACGGUAGAGGAUGCUUCUGUGGUCUGGGAUUGAUCUAUACCAACAAAACGUGCACCAUGCCUCCCAUCACUUUCCAAGACUUGCCACUGAAUAUCUACAUGGUGAUUUUUGGCACAGGUGUCUUCAUCUUUGUACUCAGCCUUAUUUUCUGCUGCUACUUCAUUAGCAAACUUCGGCAUCAAGCACAAAGUGAAAGAUUUGGAUACAAAGAGGUGGUUUUGAAAGGUGAUGCCAGAAAGCUAAACUUACAUGGGACUUGUGCCGUCUGCCUGGAAGACUUUAAAGUGAAAGAUGAACUGGGAGUGUUGCCAUGCCAACAUGCCUUCCACAGAAAGUGCCUUGUGAAAUGGCUAGAAGUUCGAUGUGUUUGUCCCAUGUGCAAUAAACCUAUAGGCGGUCCCUCAGAGCCUCAUCAGAACAUUGGAAUUCUCCUGGAUGAACUAGUGUGACAAUCCUCCUGCCCAUGUCCCCCACCCCAAAGAGCCUUUAUUGACACUGAUUAUUGCCUUGGGAUUGUGGACUUCAACAAGCAGUCACAGUCUGAGAUUGUUUCCAAGUGGAUGUUUAUCUUAACCUUCUUAGAAGGCGGUGUGGACCAUUCCGAGUGCCAAGAUGGAAAGCAAGCUGGCCUUGUUCUCCAUCUACCAUCUGGGAGCCAUUUCUGGGGAAGGCUGAUCAGAAGUGCAUGGGAAUCUCUAUUUCGGAUGACUAACCAACGAAGGAUUUGAAACAAGAAUGUCUGAACUUUCCCAGGAUGACCCUGGUGAACAAUUGAACUUUAGCACCAGGUUUCCGCAACUGGUUGUUGUGAUGCCAAUUGUGAGAUCAACGUCUUCCCUUUUUCUAGGACUUGCUGGUCAGAAUCCGCAGAUGAUGAUAUAACCUCUCUGAUUUCUAAUUAGUACUUUUCUUUUUAUAGUAAGUCAGCUCCUGCCAUUUGGGCUAUCUUGAUUUCUGCUCCUUGGGGAUCCCUUCUGCAAUUUGAAAACAAGAGCUAUUGCUGACUUUGGCUACAUCCUUCUGUGCAAAAUCUACAGUGUUUACAUAAGACUUAAGCAGAAAGCCUCCCCGCAGGCUGUAGAAGGGCAUCAGUCAGCUAACACCAUCAACCCAGCAGAGCUGCAGAUAGCCCAUUUUCUCCAAAUUGUGGAGAAAAGGAACCAUGUUGUGGCAUUUGGGUCACCCAUAUAGGUGGCAAAGUGACGAAGGUAGGGGCAUGAAAACUUCUCUUAGCUUUCAGAUAAGUGGGACUAUUUUCGUAAGUGGCCUUUUAAACUUUUUUUGCCUAUUCUGUCCUUGUAUAGAAAAAUAAAAGUACUUUCUCUGAA